GUCGACGGCCACGAGUACCACCUCGGCCUCAACUUCCUGUCCCGCGUGGUGCUCGUGAGCUCGCUCCUCGCCGACCUGUGCGAGUCGGGCUCCGAGCAGGACCCCGCCCGGGUGGUGCUCGUUGGCAGCUCGCGGCACUGGGGCAGGGUGGUGCUCGGCUUCGCGGGCCUCGGCGCGCCCCUCCCGCUGGCGCUCGGGCAGCUGGAUGACCUGCAGCUGCGUCGGCCCGGGGCGUACGGGCGCUGGGAGGCCUUCGGGCAGGCGGCGCUGUGCAACGUGAUGCUGGCCUACGAGCUGCAGAGGAGGCUGCGGAUGCAGGGCAUCGCCCGCGUUGCCGUGAGCUGCGUGGACCCAGGUCCGAUGAGCACCGCUUGGCCGCUUUACCGCAGCGAGGAGAACCGCAUGCUGGCGGCGCCGAACAUGCCGGACUGGCAGAAGGGCCUGCUCAGGUACUUCACCAGGCUGGUGGAGUCCCCCCGGGAUGCCGCCGUGGGCGUCGCCCGCGUGGCGCUCGGCAGACGCGGGGCCUCCACCGCGCGCGUCAAGGGCUACUUCGAGGGGGGGGCGCUGGCACCGAGCAAGUACCCGCUCCCCUGGAGCUGGGGCACUUCCCACGACGAGGAGGUGUGGUCCAGGCUCUGGGAGCAGGCCGAGCAGCUGACCGGGGAGCGGGUCCGCCUGCCACGGCCGCCCGCCCCGGCGCGGCCGCGGCGCCGCGCGCGGGGCGCACCGGCGGCGCAGCACCAGUACGCGCGGGCGAGGCCAGGCAGGGCGCCGCGCCGGCCGAACUCCGACCCAUGGAGCACCUGGCGGAUCAUUGUUUGGAUUUCGAGCUGCCUGGCUUGUUGGAAGAUCUCGAGUUGCUCCAUGGAGGUCCAGUGGCUCAUGCCGAGCGCUCUCAAGCGGGUCGCAACGGAGGCCAACGCAGAGGGAGACAGCAACAAGGCGCGCACGGGCUCGGGCAAGGGCGUCGAGGACUCCCACGUGAACGCUCGCCUGCUUCGACAGCUGGAAUCGCGGGUGCGCGCGCUGGAGUUCGGAGCGGGCCUGGUGGUGCACGGGCCGAGCGACGACCUGUUCGUGGACACGCUGAAGCAGACCUACCAGGAGUACCAGAAGAAGGUCGAGGGCAAGAACAAUACACACGGGCUCGGUCCGCCCGAAUUGCAGAAUUUUGCCGCACUUCUCAGCGCUUUCAACAGUUGGCUCGACAAGCCAGGCAAGGCCCAGGACUCGGUGAAGGAGUUGGUAGACAUCCCUCGGAGGCUUCUGUUGAUGAUGAUGAAUGGAGAUCAGGAGCAGGCCAGCACGUGGAUCAAGGAGUGCGGAACCAGCUCGACGGCAGACAGCAGCAUCUCGAGGAUUACGGUCAAGGUCCUGGGCUAUAUCACGCUGCCAGACCCCAGCCAGGCAGGGCCCAACGCUUACGAGGAGCAGGAGAGUCAGUGGAAGGUUCUAGAGGACAAGGGCGCGGAAGAGGGAGACAAGCGCAGGGCAGAGGUUCGAGUCAUUCGGAGUCCGCUCGAGUUCGCCCAGCUCGGACACGGGAAAGUGAUCGCAGUAGAGCAGGCUCUGUAUCGAAUCUUCCGCGCCGCAGGCUUUAACAACAAAGCAGGCCGUGCUCCCAGGGGUAAGCUCGUGCGCCAGGUGAAGCUAGGCCUAGGGCCUGGCGGCAACCGAGGUGGCCUGCUCCCGGGGUCCUUCGUGGAGUGGGCCUGCGAGGAAUUCCACAUCGGUUUCGUGACAGACUCCGCGCUUGGGUCUCUCGUGUCUGUCGGGCAGCUCACGAUGGAGGUCCCGUGGGUGAGCAGGCGGCGUGGCGGGCCGCCCCAUCCGCGCCCGGUCGCCGCCGAGCUCCUCCCGCGGAGGCGCCGCGCCGAGGUGGCAGCCAUGCAGCGGUCUAUGGCCUGGAAUGAGCAGCGCCAGAAGGGCAUGUGGUUCGUGCUCUUCGUAGUUGGGAUAAUUUUCUUUAUCCACGGCGUCUUCAUCUGGGUAUGGUGGCCCAAGCUGCAGAGCCUCGGCUCUUUCAUGCUGCUCCUGAUCUACCACUUCUUCUUCAUGAACCUGCUCCUGUCAUUCUACCAGUGCGUCAACACCGACCCAGGAGUUGUGCCUCCGAACUGGGGCUUCUACAUGGGGGACGAAACGAAGCGCAGAAGAUAUUGCAAGAUGUGCAACGUGUGGAAGCCGGACCGGACGCAUCAUUGCAGCAUCUGCAACCGGUGCAUAUUGAACAUGGAUCACCACUGCCCUUGGAUCAACAAUUGCGUCGGCUUCUACAACCGGAAGUUCUUCAUCCAGCUGCUCGUGUACGUUUACGCCAGCCUAUUGAUAGUGGCCCUCUUCUCGUUCAUGGACUUCGUGGGGCACAUCUGCGUCUGCAUUGGCGUUUGGGAGUCGGUCGAGAAGGACGAGGACUCGGCCAUGUACAUCUUCCAGACGGCCCUGAUCUCGCUGGCGUGGUUCCUGGCGGUGGUGCUCAUCGGGACGUUGACAAAUUUCAUCAGCUUCCACGUCCGACUCGUCAAGGAGAACUUCACCACGAUCGAGAAUCUCGAGCGGGAGGAGAACACCAAGGCCAAGUAUGACAUCGGCCAAAGGAGGAACCUAGAGCAGGUGUUCGGCCCGAACACGUGGAUGUGGUGGCUGCCCAUGCACACGCAGGCGUCGCGGCCGACCGGCGACGGCGUGCGGUGGCGAAUGCACUACACGCAGGUCAUCGACGAGGACGAGUGA